AUGCCGGCUUACCACUCCCAAUUCAAUGACAAUACUGAAUACCGAAUUGUGGGUAACAUGGUUCUGUUACCUAUUAAAACAAAAAUAAGAGGUCCUGGGACACUUGCUCCAGCAGAUCAGAAGGAUAUCAUUGACGAAUCGCUAGAUCUAUUUCGAGCAAAUUGUCUUUUUCGUAAUUUUGAAAUAAAGGGGAAUGCAGAUCGUGUACUCAUAUACUUGAUUCUUUUCAUCUCGGAUUGUCUUGGCAGACUGACGAAAAGUCCAUCACAAAAAGAAGCAGUGAAAAUUUUGAGUACUCGCGCGUUAGAUCCUUUUGCUCUUCCCGGGGAACCUAAUUUUCCUUUGAAUGCUUUGUAUGCUGCACCGGCUCAUAGAGGGGACGCUGAUUUACUUCGUCAAUAUUUGUCACAACUUCGACAAGAAUUAGCUUUAAGAUUGUAUGUUGUUGUUGCUUCUGGUAGUGAGUUUGAUGAUAAUCGAGGUGGUAUUGUGGAUAAACAUUAG